UAUGGUAUCGAGAAAAGUAGACAUUUAUGUAAUCUGUCGGCCUACCAAGUUCAUCAUCAGAUGGGAAAGAACUAAGAGAAGACGAUCCUCAUAGCUUUCUAGCAAAGGAACAAUCGUCUUUGGAGAUCGAACGGAGCUUGUUUCUCGCUAGAGCAUGGAGCUUGAGGUGUCUGGAUCGAACUCGGAUUUUUUCGACAAUAAUAAGAGGAGGAAUUUAGAGGGCUCGACUGGUGAUCGGAUUCGCGUGAAGAAGAAGACUCUGCAGGCUGUGCUGGAGCAGUGUCAGAGAUCUCUCGAAUCGCUGAACGAUUCCAGCGGUGUCGAUGAAAACGAGGGGGAUGAAUAUGAAGAUGAAAAGCACGGAGAGGUUUCGGGAUCUGUGCGGGGUGAUCGAGAAGCCGACGAGUUGUGUGAUCUACUUAAAUCUAAAGUUGAAUGCCGUGACUUUCUUGAAAAGCUAGAGGAUGCUCGAGCAUCAGUUCCACUAAACACUUUUGAAUGCAGUUCUUGGGACGUGGUCAGUGAUGUGGAUCUAUGGGAAAGUGGUGAUGCUCUAGAUCAAGAAGGUUACAUCGUUGUGAAGCAAGAGGAUAUAGUCGAUGGCAUUGCUUGUUUCAUGGCUGCAUACUUAUUGUCCUUAAAGGAAACCAAGGAAUUGUCACCUAACCAACUUCAGAAUGCCCUUUGCAAAACAUUCUCAGUGAAGAAAAGAAAAGGCAAACUCCGGAAGGCGUGGGAUGGAAGCAAGGUCAUUUAUAAUGUGGCAUCCUGGGGAGCUACUGCAGUUGGGCUAUACCAGAACCCUGUGAUUCUAAGUGCUGCUUCUAAAGCCUUCUGGACUUCCUGCCAAGUAAUAUCAAAGCUUCUCUAACAUACCUUCUUAUGUAAAUAUGCUCUGCUCAAGUGCAGUAUCCGAAAGAAAAUUUGUUGUUCUUUAGGCUUAUUCUUGCAUGCCCAGAUUGAUUAGUUCCUUGAAGAAUACACUCGUGUAGAUAUCUUUUCUAUUCUGCUAGGAUCUUGUUAUUAUUGGAUGAGAUUUCUGUAUCUAUGCCAAAAACUAUUAUUUGUAGCUUGUUCCCACAUGGAAGCAAGCACUGCAACUUAUGCAAUAUUGUUGAUAGAGAUUUAUGUUUCCCAAA